UUUUUGUCCUGCAUUGCCUAGCACUUUAAGGCCAGAGUGGCAGUAGCUCUGAUGGGAGCCAGCUGGACACGAAGCUUUAGGAAAGAGUUCCAGUUGAAGAAGCUUCCUCUUUUUCCAGCUACACUUGAACUCUUACUUGAACCUCGGUGGUACCUCCCUCCUUGGGUCUGGCUCCUGUACCGGCUCUCAGCGCUGGUCUACACGCUGGCCUGGUGCAUCCAUUCUGGCCUGCUAUUUGCCUCCCCCAAAUGGCUGAUCCUGUUGUGUCACCUGACCUACUGCAUUCUGGGAGUAUAUUACCUCAUCGCACUGGUUAACCUCAUUGCCAUGCUGGUUUGCAUCAGGUGCUUCUGCAGACGGGAGGUUAAAAAGAAGAGCUCAGACAGUUUGGACACCUCAGAGGGGGCCCCCCACACGGAGUCCUCCCGUCUCUGGGUUGAGCAGUGGACAUUGCUUCGCCUCACACCUCCUCCACUGGCUCUUUCGCUCCGCCUGCAGUGGCUCCUGCAGGUCAUUGUGAGCACCUUCUCCCUCACGGUGUCCGUCCUCUACUGGUCCAUCAACUACCCCGUGUCCCACCACCCAAUCAGGCCCUUCAGCAUCAACCUCCACGUGGUCAACAGUGCUCAGGUUCUCCUGGAGCUCUUCCUGUCCGCCACACCUGUGCACCUGGUCCAUUACGUCUACCUGCUGGCAGCCGGGGUUCUCUACCUGCUCUUUGUCCUGGUCUUCUGGUUGGGGGGAUUCACCAACAUGAACGGGCAGCCGUACGUGUACCGCGUGCUGGACUUCGGGGGUAACCCGGUCCUCGCCACCCUCUGCACGCUGGGGUUCAGUCUGGUCUGCCUGCCCCUGUUCCACUUCGUCCUGUGGAACGUGCACCUCCUGAGGGAGCGGCUGGCCCGCGGGCCCAGAGGCAGAAGGUUUGCCCUGAGGAGGGAGGCCUGGUGGUGGGGCAAUGUGGGAGGUUUGUCACCUUUCCUCACGGCAGCUCCAGACCCUGAGGUGCUGGUCUUUGCAAGCAGAGAAGGAGAGCCACAGCUCCUUAGAGCGUUGUCCCAUGGCUAUUGCAGCAUGACCACUGAGUCACCAGCCAAUGGUCACAGCUCCGUCAGUGCCUAACUCUGGAAACAGCCCAAAGCAGGGACUGAGUGAGUGUCUAUUUUACUACCACAAAAAUGUCAAAAACUUGAUUGUGCCCCUUGAGCCAUCACGGUCAAAUCCCAAUCCACAAUGAGAGAGGAGUUGUAUUACACUGCUAAGCACACAUAGAGAAGCAGUAUUUUUUUUUUAUGUAUAUGUACUAACAGAAAUGUAUCUUUUUGUAUUUGUUGGUAUUGUAUGACAAAUACUGAAAAGCAGAGGUUCAUGCUUCUAAUGUACUUUUCUCUGGUCAUUAGAGAUUGACCGAUGUCCGAGGAUAAAAUGUGCAACAUGUCACGCAUACUGCCCCUUGUGUAAAUUAAAUUACCAACAUAGCCCAGCCAGAACUUUGGAAGAGUGCAACAUUGAUCCUGGGAGCAAAUGAUUAACCCUUAAUAGUCUAAGCCUUAUUUUUUUUAAAAAGCCCUAUUUCAUUGGUCAGCUAUGAAAUGUUACUUUCAAUAGGGAGCCUUCCACCAGCUGUAGUUUACAGGCCAUAUUGGCUGACUUCUACUGCUCGUGGCUCUGCAUGGUGUCUAUUGAACCAUAAAAUGUCAAAAUAAUAUAAAAUAGUCUUCUCAGCUCUCAUCUGGUGUUAGUUUGUUUUUAGCUAAAAAAAAAACAGUUUCUUUAAUUUGCAGCAUUGCUGGUCUCCAGUAUUUUUGUCAUUUCAAUGUUUAGCAGAGUUUUGCUGUAACCAGCGGUGUGAUCAUAAUCACCAGCAGAGGGAAGCAGCAUUGCUCAUUUCAGCAGCUUCCCACUCAGUUUCUCAUUUUGUGACACAGCUGUUAAGUGAUGGCUUUUUUUUUUUUUUUGCUUUUCUAUGUAUUCUUAUUUAACUUUGAGCCAGAUGUGGUUUUGGUCAUAAGCAUACCAACACAGUCUAAUCCUUGAA